AUGGACCAGCGGCGACCUCCAUACGCUGCUCCUCCACCCCCUCCGUCCAUCGUAGACUCCCGCGCAAAUUCGACCCAACCGCCGCCGUCUUAUCCUGCUCAUCCAUACCCUCAACCGCCGCCACCGGCGCAACAUCCGCAAUACUCCUACCCACCUCCCGCACUGCCGCCCAUCAAUUACAACCAAGCGUAUGGACAUCCACCGCCCGGGACACAGCCUCACCUCCCUCCUAUCAACCAAGGGCAACCUCCACCUCACGAAUCGCGUGACGCGCAAGAGCAAUAUUCGUACAACCAGCAGCCACCAAGUGGGCACGCAACGCCUGCGCCAGUAAACAGGACAUAUUCGCACGACUCGGCGCACCAACAACGAACUCCGACGACACCCGCACAAGCAGGCCCGUAUCCGUCCGGGACAGUAGACGGUGCUCAACCUCCGCCGCAGCACAUGGACCAUGGCCCACCACACCAUGGGUAUCCGCCAACGAAUGGUAUUGCGCACCAUCAUGCGGGCCCACCGCCACCAAUGGCGGUGCACCACGAACAUCAGCCUCAGUACCUUCCUCCACCCAUGGAGAACCAUCACCAGCAGUAUCAAGGACCGCCACAGCCAUCUCCAAUGUACCCGCCUCCGCAUGCUUCAACCUUCGGCCCGAUGACUGCAAGUCUGACACAAGGACAGCGUAAGAAGCAAAUGCGGGCGACGCAAGCCUGCGAACAAUGUCGCCAACGGAAGCAGAAAUGCGACGAAGGUAUACCGUGUUCUUUCUGCAAGGAGAAUACUUUAACAUGUCAGUAUCGUGACACGCCACCCGCCAAAACGGACAAGAACAUGGAGCAAUUGCUCGGCUACAUGAAGUCGCACUCGAACAUUCUGGAGGCGCUGACUACUAAGAUGGACGUGAUGGACGCGAGAGUGCGGAAGGUGGAGCGUGCCACUGCACAUCCUACGCAAGGUGGCGAUGUACAACUCCCGUCACAUGACCAUGAGCAAGAAGCCAGCACCGGACUGAAGGAAGACCAUCGCACUGCGCCACACAAGCUUCUACUUUUGUGGCCAAGCGUUGGUAACCUCUUCAAAGAUGCGGGUAUCGAGCACCUGGAAUCUUAUGUCAUGGCAGCCGAAGAUCGUGGCAUUCUCAGGAUUUUCACUCGGGGCGAAGGCAUCGAUGAGAACGACGGUACCCAACCUGGUGCACCCUCCAGUCCUGCUAGGAGCGACAGUAGCGGCGAAGGAAUGAUCCCGAGCGCGCCCACGCCACCCGAAGGGAUAUGGGGUACCGGGUUUCCGCCAACUCCUUCUUCUUCCGACAUCAAGCGAUCGGAGUUGCAUUCUUGGGGUGGUCUCAAACCGGACAACUCACUCGAUCUCGACGCCAGCACCAUUACCGACCUCUAUGCGAGCUAUAUGCAACAUAUACACAUCAUGCAUCCCUUCCUCGAUCGCCAGCGCCUGCGGACGCUGGUCGAGGUGUUCAUCAAGCGCUACAGUACCACCCGUACCACUACGGCAAAGUUCGUUUCACACCAUAUAAACUCUGAUUCUGAUCGCCCGCUCAAACGGCAGCGAUCUGCCGGCUCUGCAAACGACGGCUACACGCGCAAUCAGUCCGGCGAACGUGCAAUCCCCGAACACUCACCCGGCAACGCGAUCGUCUACCUCGUGCUGGCGCUGGGUAAGAUUUGCCAACACCGAGAUCCCCUCCCAGCCGUCGUGGCGGAGAACAGGCUAGUGGCGAAUGCCAAAGUAUCGCAUCAGCUCACUGGUGUGCAAGGGCUCAAUACUAGCUCACCGACAUUUUCAGGCUUCAAGCAGUCCCCAAGGUCACCGAACUCGGCUCCGCCGACUACACAUCCUACUCCACCCGUUGACGGUCAAUAUUCUCGAAGUCGGAGGUCCUCAAUCUCCGCCGACAUUGUGCCUUUUGCUGGCGCGCGAAAUCUGGAUAUCAUUCCAGGUUUGGCGUACUACGCGAAAGCUGCCGAGAUUCUAGGCGCUCAAGCAGACGGCAAUGACCUCGUACACGCACAGAUGUUCCUGCUCGCUGGACUUUACAAGGGUCAAUUAGCGCGUGUCAAGGAGAGCAUGGGUUGGUAUGCUAUGGCCGGACGCGCACUGAGGAGUCUGCUUGAUCGCCACCAGCUGUAUAACGAGCACUAUUGGGAUGCAUUCGGCGACGCCAAAGCGGAGCUUGAACGUGGCAAGAAGCUGAUCAGAGACAAGCGACAUAACCUGAUCGUGCUUGCUUCCUGGACCUGCCUUCAAUUGGAAAGCGACAUCCUCGCUGAAAUGCGCCUGCCAUCCAGCGGCAUCAAGGAUAUCGAGGAUAUGCUUCUGAUGCCGCUCGAGGUGCCGGAAGAGGAAAGCUACAGCUGUCUGGAACCGGCAGUACGGGACGAUGACUACAGCAAGAUACUCCUGUUCUACACAUCACAGAUGUUCUUACGACGUCGACUCAACCAGGUCCAUCGGGAUAUGUAUGGCCCAGCGUGCCUCAAUCAGUCACUCGAACAGGUUAGGGGCAUGUUGAAAGGCCACGAAAGCAUCCUCAGGGCCUGGCGGCAAGGACUUCCACCAGCGUUACGAUGGGAGGACUCAGAUCCGCCGGCUGCGGACAUUCUCUCCGCACGAUUACGCGCGAAGUAUUGGGGCGCGGCCUACAUCGUGAAUCGACCCUUUCUGGACUACGCGCUGCAUAUCAUGUCUCAUUCCAAAGAUCCGGUGACCAAUGCGAGCGUGCGAGACGUGGCCAAAGACAUACACGGCAAUCCGCGCGAUGAAGCAGAUAUACACCUCUUCCAGGCUAUUGAAGGGAUGGGUGAAGAUGAGGUCUGGCAGGCUUCUAUGCGCUGUGUCUCAGCUGCCAUGCAAAGCACUAUUGCGCUGGAUGGUGUGCCAGACCGGCUGAUCGUGACUAACAUUCAUGGCACCGCUCAUGCACAAUUUGGCAAUAUGCUCGUGCUUUCCGCAACGUGGCACAGCCGCGUGCUACGUCGACUCGUUGAGACCAGAGGCCAAGAGUUCCCGGAACUACUCGAGAGGACAAUUGGAUUCCUGAGAAAGCUAAGGGGGAUCUCCCCGACGUGCACGCACGACUGUCAGAUCCUCGAGCGCAUACGAACGCAUCUGUUCGGCGUGCCGUCGGAAGAACGUCCGAUCUACAAGAACGAGGUGGAGCCAAUGAGCGCGACGCAUUCGUUCAGUGCAAGCACGUAG